AUGAAAGGAAACAAAACAGUCACGUUAUGGAUAUAUACGGUGACAGCAAUGUGGCUGUGUUGGACUAGUAGCCGAUGGUGCUGUGUCUGCGCAUUACCUCCCAAUGAAGACGCGUUAACCUUUAACCUCAGGUCUGGAAAAUCCGAGACAUUCAGGACCUUCGUCGAACAGCUCCGAGGCAGAUUAAGAAAAAACGGACACGAGACGAUACACGACAUACCAAUAUUGAAACCUGCAUCAUCUUUGCAGGGCUCUGAAAGGUUUGUCAUAGUGCAGCUAAAAAGUUGGCAAGAAACAUCGGUUGAAUUAGCUAUCGAUGUCUCUAACGUUAACAUAGUGGGUUAUUGCGGCGGAGACGGAGGUCGGUCCUAUUUCCUUUCAUGCGCUCCUGGGGAGGCCUUGAGUAAUGUUUUCCAAGGCAGCGAUCAGCGAAAACUCGCCUUCGGAGGUAGCUACCGUGGUCUUGAAGCUACUGCUGGAAUAGAGCGAAAGUAUAGCAUCUCACUGGGAAGCUCUGAUCUUCAUCAUGCUAUUGAUUCAUUGUAUAAUAUGGACAGUACUCCGCAAGCUGAUUUGGCUAAACACCUCUUAGUUAUUACUCAAAUGAUAUGUGACUCGGCACGGUUCAAUAUCAUCGAGGUACGAGUGAGCCAAAGCAUUGAUGGUGCUGAUCUUCUAUCAGAUGAAACCAUGGUUAUCCUCGAAGACAACUGGGAAUCGCUUUCGCGAGCGAUUCAAGAAUCGACUGAUGGAGGAGUUUUUUCUGCUGCCAUUUUGCUGUGGACAAUGUACGGUAUAAGACGACUUGUGGGAAAUAUGGCAGAACUGAGGAAUAAUCUAGCUCUUAUGCAAUUUGUCUAUGGUUCUACCGGAUAUGCAGGGGAGAAGUCAGAAAUUAUUUAUAAGGGAUCAAUGGUGGAGAUUUCAUCUUGUAGUUCUGCAUCUUCUGCUCAGCGAUGGGUGUUUCCAAAUGAUGGUUCUAUUAUGAAUUUGGACUAUGGUCUAGUGCUUGAUGUUAAAGGAUCGGAUCCCAGUCUUAUUAUUUGGCAAUCUCACGAACAUGCUAACCAAAAGUGGCUAAUAUGGAUCGAUAAGCUCUCAUUUUGUGAGUAUCAUUUGCAGUACUAUUUGAAUAUCACAUUGAAUAACAUUCUUUGUAAAGCUUGCCCUGCCAAUUUCUUAUCAUUAAUUCAAAGAAUCAAGAAAAAGUUGGACAUUUCUUAUUCUGUUCUCUCUGUUUUGUAA